AUGGCAUCUGCAAGCCUGAAAAAGAAGGAAGAAAUUAGCAUUAAGCUUAUGAACGAGAUCCUCCAGGGAAAAUCAGAAGUUCAGCCAAAAGAUUCAUCCUUAUCUCAAGCUGUGGAAAUGCUGACACAAGUAUUAGGCCGAGUGGUUAGGCCGCAAGAACCAAGGACAAAGAAUUUAGGAUUAAAGAAAAUGAAGGACUCUAAUGAGCUGGAAGCAUUCUUAAAAGUAUUUGAAGUGCAAGCGCGAGCUGCAGAAUUACCUGAAGAACAUUGGGGAAUCUCGCUGGGAGGAUACCUGUCAGGAAAGGCCUUGUCAAGAGAAAUUAUUCAGUGA